UAACACGCCAGGAUGCCCGGAGCCGGCGGUGUCAACGAAGACGGUUCUUGCAAGGCCUUGUGUCGAAAUCUGGCAUCCCAGAACUGCCUGCAGAGAGAGACAGCUGAUAUCUCCCAGUCCGUCCUCUACACAUCCCUGAUGGGUCUUCUGCUGGUGGCCGACAAAGAGAAAGAGCAACUGGCGUUAGGAAGUGGAAGGGCUGGCCUUAGGAACAUCAGGAACACAUGUUUCCUGAAUGCAAUAGUCCAGUGUUUGUCUCAUACACGUGGCUUGCGAGACUACUGCCUCCUGAAGUCCUACAGACAUGAAAAGUUCUCCAAAGAGGAGGCGAGGCUUAUGGAAGCUUUCUCUCAGGUGUUGUCUGGACUUUGGGAUGCAAAAGAAGAAGACGUGGUUGUCAAUCCAAGACAGUUUUACAAUAUUUUUAAAGAUGUUGUGCCUUACUUCAGCGGCUAUAGUCAACAGGAUGCCCAGGAGUUUCUCAGGUUCCUUUUGGACAAGCUGCACACCGAAAUCAAUCGCAAACCCCACAUGAGACGAGCGCUCAAGGACUCGGAGCCAAAAUAUGCCAGAUUUAGGAUCUCUGAAGAGGCGGCCGCCACGUGGAAAAGACACUUAGAGAGAGAAGACAGCAAGAUAGUCGAUCUGUUCUCAGGUCAGCUGUUGAGCUCGCUGCACUGCUCUGUGUGCUCCCACUACUCCAACACAUUUGACGUCUUCUGUGACCUGUCGCUGCCCAUCCCCAAGCGGGGCUCCGCUGGGGAGGUGACGCUGAAGGAGUGCUUGGACUUGUUCUCUCAGGAGGAGAGACUGGAUAAGGAGAAUUCACCUAUGUGCGAAAGGUGUAACAGGCACACGGAGAGCAUGAAGCGACUGUCCAUCCAGAGGUUUCCUCAUGUUAUUGUCAUCCAUCUGAAUCGUUUCACUACGUCACGGUGGUCUAUCAGUAAAAGUACCGUUUAUGUGUCCUUCCCACUCACAGACCUCGAUCUCGGACCUUACGGACCGGUAGACUGCGGUCCGGUUCUGUAUAAUUUAUAUGCAAUAUGUAACCAUGUGGGGACUGUAAACAUGGGUCACUACACAGCCUGUUGCUCUGAUGACAAUGGAUGGUGUUACUACAAUGACUCCAGUGUGACACCGCUUUCUGAGAAGCAGCUUCAGACCAAUCAAGCUUACGUCUUAUUCUACCAGCGCAGUAACAACACUGCCAAUAAAAGGAACUAAGACUUCACACUGGCUCAGGAAGACAGCCAAUCAGAGAAACCGUAUCUUCUGUGACCAUAGAAACAAACACAGUGCAGCCUUGCUGGCAUUUAUGAACUUUGUCAAUACCAAGGAAGCACAACACAAAUACUGUAUGUGCUGUAAAAAAAAAAGAGGUGAUUGUGUCAAGAAGAGCUUAGGUGCCCUGUCGCCUUAAGGAUUUUUAUUAUGUAUGUAUAUAUUUUUCAGAAUGUACUCAUAAGUAAGUCAUUUGAUUGGUAGAACUUAUUAGUAACCAUCUCAUACCACGGAACUAUGGAAUAAUAAUAGUAAUAAAAAAUAAACAUUGUACCAUAGUUUGGUGACUGUGCAUGUAAAUAAAUGUAAAAUAUAAAUGUAUUACUUUUAAAUUCAUGUUUUUUGGAGGUUUGUACGGUGGCCAAGAAGUGCAAAACACGUUAGCAAAAAGCAAAACAAAUGACUAGUACACCACCCGGAAAGGGAUUGUACUUCUGAUUCGUGUGGCGAUUCAACGCCUCUCAUUGGUCCAGACGUUUCCACUUCCUGUAGCUGAGUAAUUUAGGUUGCUUUUUGUGCACGUGUCUUUUGGACGACUCGGCCACCGUAUGUUUUAUUUUAUUAUUAAUGUUUUAUUAUCCAUCUUGGCAAUUUGAACAUAAGCAUCUGAGAUAUAAUUGUUUAUGUAACUAUAUGUAACUUUAUGUAUACAAAAAUUAAGUUUUUUAAGGUUAUCUAUCUGAACGUAUACAGCACUGGUUUCCUGUGAAACAAUCCCUUACCGAGGAUAAAAAUGCCAAGCUUUUAAUAACUAAUAAAC